CCUGCUGGGCGGUGGGGAGAGAACCCGGCUAGCCAGCUCCCCUUAAAGCAGCCACUCCAGCUGAUCCCCAGGACCCCCCUGAGCUGGGUGGGGCGGGGCUGCUCAGGCCUGGACUGCCCUUGGCCAGCACUGCCCGGCUCCCGGGAGUUAGCCUGACUGAUUCUCUGAGGUCUCCGGGCUCCCUGGCUCCUCCUCCACCUGCCUGGCUGGCCUGCAAAGCCUGGCCCGGCUCCAGGGAGCUCCCAGUGCAAGUCUCCUGUGCAGCAGGAGCAGGCGGCCUGGCUGGGGUUGGGCACAACUUCAGUGGCCCCUGAGGACAAGCCACCUCUGAUAUGGCCACCCGGCACUGUGGAUGCUGCAGGUCCAGCUCUCUGUCCCGUUAGCAGGACUGGAGUCCCUUUGGCAUCGUCAAGAAAGGGCUUGGAACCCGCCAGAAGCAUGGAGUCUGAGUCUUCGCUGAUGUCCCUCUGAUGUGCUCCCCAAUCUCUCUGAGAACAUCGCCCUGGACCCCCGAUGCGGCUGCCUGAGCAACCCGGAGAGGGGAAGCCCGAGAAUGAGAAAAAGGGGAGCGGAAGAGCCCCCGAAGGGGGAGAGGAGCCGCCAAGAAGCCAGGCCCCCGACUUUCCCACCUGGCAAGUCUUCUUCCCCCAAACCCCAGGACCUAGAUUGUUUUGCGGCCCUCAGGGAAAAGAUGCCGUUCCACCACGUGACUGCUGGCCUGCUGUACAAGGGGAAUUACCUCAACCGCUCUCUCUCUGCUGGCAGCGACAGCGAGCAGCUGGCCAACAUCUCCGUGGAGGAGCUCGAUGAAAUCCGAGAGGCCUUUCGAGUUCUGGACCGGGAUGGGAACGGCUUCAUCUCCAAGCAGGAGCUGGGCAUGGCCAUGCGCUCCCUGGGGUACAUGCCGAGUGAGGUGGAGCUGGCCAUCAUCAUGCAGCGCCUGGACAUGGACGGGGACGGCCAGGUGGAUUUUGAUGAAUUCAUGACAAUUCUUGGGCCCAAACUGGUGUCUUCAGAAGGGCGUGAUGGUUUUCUCGGAAACACAAUAGAUAGCAUAUUCUGGCAGUUCGACAUGCAGAGGAUAACUCUGGAGGAGCUGAAGCACAUUCUGUACCAUGCCUUCCGGGAUCACUUAACCAUGAAGGACAUCGAGAACAUCAUCAUCAACGAGGAGGAGAGCCUCAACGAGACCUCGGGCAACUGCCAAACGGAGUUCGAAGGAGUGCAUUCCCAGAAGCAGAACAGACAGACCUGCGUCCGGAAGAGCCUCAUAUGCGCCUUCGCCAUGGCCUUCAUCAUAAGCGUGAUGCUGAUCGCAGCCAAUCAGAUCCUGCGGAGUGGCAUGGAGUAGCCGCCCCCCGCCCGCCGCCGCCGCGCUGUCGCCAGCCCACCGCGCAUGUGCAUGGCCCGCGGGCAGACUUCCUCCUCCCGCCGCGGACCUGGACCUCGGACCGGGGCAGACCUGGUACAGCUCAGCAAGGAGCCCAGCGCUGCAGUGCAGCCGGAUCGCGCGCCCCAACUUCAUCUCCUUGGCAGGGACAUCAAAGGGCUGUCUUCAACGCUUUAAUGGUUUUGUUUCCUAAUGCAAUAAAUAGCCAGGAGUUCUGAAUUCUUGCUUCAUCUGCCAGUAGGAACUUUGAAGAACAUUUUCAUCUCAGAAUUCCAGUGGCCACCCAGGGGUAUCGGUGGUGUGGACAGCGUGCAGAAGAGAGGCAGCGUUCACCUCCACCCACGCCCCAUUCCUCAACCCGGGGGUCCUCAGAAACUCCCCCACAUUGAGGUCGACCCUCAUCUAGAGGCCGGCUUCUGGGUUGCUACAGAAGAGGGACUGUGCAUCUCUCCCUGGCUUCCUCCCCCCCCCCCCCAGGCAUGAGGGGAAAGCCAUUCAGCGGGGUGCGACCCUGGCCGUCUGCAGCCGCACCCCAUCGCUUCCGUUCUCACUGCCUUCUCUAGGGAUUCUGGUUGGUAGAGUCGGGGCGCUCGCGGUCGGUUCCUGUGGCGCUUGGCUUUCUGUUCCUGGAGCCCCUCCCGCACCAGCAUUUUGGGAAUCUGCAAAGAGCCUCCCUCCCAGCUUUGCCCACUGUGCUGCCAUUCGAGACAAAAGAACCACGGGCAUCUUAUGACAGAGAUACAUAGACAGAGACCUGGCUUCUCCGUGUGUGACAUUUUCUCCUCUAACCACUUUCUCUGGAUAGAAGCUUGUCCUGCCUCCUGCACCCAUCCCUGCUUCUUCUGGCAGAGGGUGAGGCAGGCUGGGAGAAGGGAAAAGACUGAGACUGGAGGUGAGGGGGCUGACAGCCCACACCCCAGACAUCCAGAGUCCCCUCCCCAGCACUCCAUGCGAGACACCUCUGUAAGUUAGGGUUCAUGUGCAUCCACCUUUCCCUCAUCCCGUAGACUGCUUUGUGAGUUAGUCUUCCCACACUCCAAAGCAGGAAGCUAGAAAGAUCAAACUACUGUCUGUCACAUAUCCUCUGGCAUUCAGAUUCUGCAACUGACUCGUAAGAUGAAGAGAGGGGGAAAGAGAUGCUAAGGCGUUUAGCCAGCGUGGCCAGGCACUUACCUGCAGAAUGCUUCUGGUGGAGAAGGGAACUGAAUCCAGUGGUCCAUUUCUGAACCAUACCAAGUCUUCAUUUCCUGACGUUUCCUAGAUACCAUAUCAGCCGCCUCUAUUAAUUCCAGCUUGCAUAGUCAGAUUAGCCAGUAAUCUCUAGAUGUGCUAUUAUCCCCCUUUGUACUUUCUGAGCUCAGGUCUUUAUUUCUGUAAUGGAAUGAUCUCGCGCCCCUUUCUUUUGAUUGUACCCUAACGCUCCAGGCUCCCCUAACCUUUCCCUCCUUUCUGUCAGUAUUGAGGCGACAGAAUCUUUCCUCUCUUGAUGCAGUGGGUCGGUUUUAUGGUGCAGUGUGUGAUCUCUACCCUGUCCUCAAGCCCUUCCCUCUCUGCCUCUCCCUUACUGCUUUCUUAGACAUGGAGCUGGGAGGUCUCCACGUAAGGUCUUCUUCCGAUUCACCUCUCCAAGCCUUCCCCGCAGUACAGUGUGGGGACAGCUGUAGAGACUUUCCCAGCAUGGGAAAGUGCAAAUAUUCGCGAUGAGCACAAGUUAAACUAGGGUUUGAGCCAUAGUAUGGGCAGGGAGCGGAUCUAAGCUCCCAAGAGUCCAGGGCGUGGAGAGUUCCUCUAAAAGCCACCUGAAGUCUGGUUUUUCUGGCCAGGCCAAGGAAGGCAGCAGCCUGCCUUUGCCCUUACCUGCCCUGCCCUGCCACACUCCUGUCCUUUUUGUCUCUCCUUUGGCUGAGCCUCAUAGUGCCCUUAGGAUCAGAUUACUAACCUAGAACAGAUGCUUGAUACUCACCCAUUAGACAACUUCCUCUGUUGUUUCUUCCCAGGGCAGUUUGUCCCUUCCUGCUGCAGGGAAACACUUCCCUACCUAUUGCUCACCCUUGAUCCUCAGCCACAUCCUCCUGGGGACAGGGGUGCGAGAUCCUGAGGAGAUGGGGUAGAUGCCCAGGGACAAGUCUUUAAAGCCUCCUCUCCACCCCCCCGCCCCGCCCCACCCCGCCCGGAAAGGGACUGAGACUGCUUAGCAGGGCAGAAAACUAAGUAUUUCAAAGACUACUUUUUUGCAAGUCCCUCUGCCUCCCACUGGAGAUGUUGACCCCACAGGGCACUCCAGAGUAUGAGUAGAUUUCUUCAGCAGCGAGCUGAGCCACUGCUCAGGCAUGGAGAAUAAGAGGAAUUCUGGAAAGGCACCAACAGCCUGUGCCCUACCAAGACGUGAGCAUCCUUCCCUUAAAAGAAUCCUUUUCCUCUCUCCCCGUGACCUGGAAAAGCAGGCCGGGAGCAGGUCCAGGAGAACACAUCCUGGUGGAUUUUCCUAGGGAGACAGAGCAUGGUGGCAGCUCGGUGUUCUGCUUUCUAAUGGCCUAGAAGUCAGACUCCCACCACGGUAACCUCCCAGGAGGCGCCAGGGGCUGAAAGAGGCAGUGCGUGGAGACAGCCUAAGCUCCAGACAUUCCAGACUUCCCUUCCCGGCUGUUUGUUGCUGUGAUUCCGAGCCCAGCUGCUGUGCUUGCUUCCAAGAUGUGGCUGUCUUAGACAUAGCCAGAGUCAGGCAGCCCCAUCCCCAGCUCUGUUCACACAAACGCUGUGCCCGGCCUCCCCACGAGGCCGUGUACUUGUCACAGUAACUGAGGCUCAGAGAGCAAGAUUCCAGAAGGUCCUGGCCCUGCAGGACCAAAGCAGGCCACAAGGCUGCAGCUACUGUUGACCUCUGCAGGAAGUGGGAGAGAGACACCUGAUCCUUGUGUUCUGCCGAUGACCAGAAUUUGGAAUCAGUCUCUAGGGCUGGCAGCCACCGGGUGGCUGAGGGAUUGGCACAGCAAGCUAAGUUUGUUCUUGUUGCAAGAGCAGGUGUUUCCCUUCCCCUGCCUGCAGACCAUACCAGUGAAGAUCAGGAAGACGUUUUAUUUGGGAGGAAAAGAGAAACAGACCCUGGUUUUCUUAAACCCUAAAAAAAAAUCUGUCUCCUUCCAGUCCCGAUGCAGACAGAGCCCUCACACAAGACCCAGCAUCAAAAGUAUUAGCAGUAGCUUCCAGAAUGUGCGUGGGUCCCACGUGACCCAUCUGUAAGAAGAAGGAGGAAAAAAGAUAUCACCAUGGCAACCAUUGCAUUCCACCCUGAGUUUGCCAAGGCACACAAAAAAUAGGGAACAUUUUCCUAAAGAACACUUUAGGGUUCUGCCUGAUUGGAGCCUGACUUCUUGCAUUCGUAGCCUGCUGGGAAGGGAAAUCAUCCUCUGAGAUUCUAGGUGGCUUCUCUGCCGUUUCCUCCUCUGUGGGAACUUGUUCUUCCAUUUCCCCAGAAGCAGAGCUACGUGCAAACCUGGUAGCCAUCUCCCCACCCCGUCCCUCCACCCCACCUCCCAGAGCAAGAAUCCCCAAAUCUAAGCAAAAAGGCCAAAAAAAAAAAAAAAUCAUCUGUAAGGCAAAAAAAUAUUUUAAGCUUCCAAUCUUUAAAAGCAUCUGUUUGCCUGUUGAGAAGCCAGCAAUGUGAACUUAAGUGAACUGAGAUUUCCUUGUGGUCUCAGGCGGGCUUGGUGGUAGCAGACUUUCUUUCUGGGUGUUAUAUUGGCCGAGAGGAAGAUGUACGCUUGCUUAGUCUUCUGUCUCCCUGCCUGCUCCUGUCUCAGAUUUUACAUGACAAGUGGCCCCCUUUCUUGUGGGUACCCAAAAGAGCCUCCUGAAAGAUGGGUAGCUCAUUUUGAUAAGAAUGCUCCACCCACCUCUCAGCCACUGGAUUGUAAAGUGAGAGCCCUAAGUGAUGGAUCCAAGUUAUAUCUACUAGGCUUAAGUCCAGACUCAGGUCAUGAAUCAAAGAGAGUUUUGCACAUUGUUCUUCACUGGAAGGGUAGCUGGGGAGGGGGCAGUAGGAGGGCACAGCCAGAAGAAGAGGGGUGCGGCUCUCCCUGAGUCGGGCUGUGCUACCUUGGCAGCUGCAUGCCUAGAGUCCCCUUCUGCUGUGUCUCAGUCACUACCCUUGCAGAAGCUGCUGAGCUCAGCUCCUCCCUGGAUGCCCCAAACCACAUUGGGUCAUUCUGUUGCACUGACUGUUGCUCCCAAGACCCACAAUAGAUGUAUUAUUUUACCCAGCAAGAAGCAGUCCUUUUUUAUACAAUGCCAUGAUGGUGCAGACACACCGAGACUAAGCUUUGAGACUGUGGCACAUGCUGGUCGUUUUGCUUGGACUACAGGAGGACGUUCCCUAGAGAACAUCUAUCUGAAAUGACCUUUCUCACUGGCCACUUCAGUGAUGGCCAGGAGGCCAAAGCUGAGCUCUGAAGGCCUUGCUCUGGCCAUCCCCCCUUACAGCUGGCUGCCCAGCUCCCCCAGAGGGAAAGAUCUAUCAGAAGUAGACAGGAGGUAUUAUUUGGCAGCUAGGGUUUUCAAUUUGAAUUAUUUAUAGUGAUGGCAAAAUAGAGGAGGAUUUGGGCUGCUUCUUAUGGACACUGUCUUCAUGAUAAUUUAAAUGUCAGAACUAUUCAGCCUCACUCUGCUUUGACUUAGUCAUUCAGGGGACUGUCCUCGGCGAUGUGGCCUUGCCAGAGACAGUUGGUUUGACGGUCGCGUGUAUGAACCAGCUUAGGUUUUCUCUUAGUGUCUUACACUCAUUACGGAUGCAGGUUUUAAUAGUGAUGGUUUCUACUUAACACUGGCUUGGGAUUCACUUCCCAUGGCCUCAAGGAACACAAGCUAAUGCUCAGAAAGUCUUCAAGACAAAAUUAAUUUGGUUCAGUUGGCUUGAAGUGCACCACCAAGAAUCAGGUUUUUCCAGUCCCACAAAGAUGUUUCUCGAUAUCUGGAAAAAGCUUAGCCUGUUACCCCCACCCCUGUCUCGGGUGGUCCACUGAUGGGGCACCCCAUGAACCCCCAAAUGCUGUUUAGAGUCUCAUCCACCUCUGGUGAGAUGGGUUGGCUCUCAGAUCAAUGUUUUUUACACUGUCAGAAGUUACUUUCUGGGCUGGGGGUUUAGCUUAGCGGCACAAGCGCCUGGUUGGCUAGCACAAGGUGGUGAGUUCAAUCCCUGGUACCAAAUGAAGGAGAAGAAGAAAGAAGAAAGAAGAAAGAAGAAAGAAGAAAGAAGAAGAAGAAGAAGAAGAAGAAGAAGAAGAAGAAGAAGAAGAAGAAGAAGUAGAAGAAGGAGAAGAAGAAGAAGAAGUACUGUCCAAGUGAAAAAGGGUAAGAGUCUAGAAUUUUCCAGUGGUAUAGCCAAGCAGGCUACUCAGGAAGGAAUAUUCUAGGGAGUGCAAGUAUCAACUAUGAUAUUGCCCCCUGCCUGGACCCGAGAGAGCAAAGCAAGCUGAAAGAGAUGGUAGAUGCUUGUCUUGGAAUACUUGCCCUAUGCUUCUGACCUACUUUGGGAGCAUGCAGGGGAUAGAGUGGCACAGGGCUGCCCAUCAACCUCCUGCAAAAGACUUGCUCUGUGCAUUUCAAGAGGAUGCUGACAGCCCCCCUUUCCUGGGAAGAUGCUGACACCUGCCAAGUCCAGAAAGGCUUUUCCAGGUCUCUGAGAUCUGCCGAAUGCUGGCCAGGAAAGCUGAGCAGAUUAACCGAGUUGCAGUCAGCAUUAUCACCUAAGAAAGGCCCAGGCACCAGGACCCUUUUGCCCAAGAGCUAGGCUCUGCUGAGGGGCUUCUCUCUGUGGCCUCGGGUUGCUCAUGUCUGCCAGAGGAAAGAUAAACUAGAAGCGCUCUCCGGUUGUGGCAUUUGGCUUGGUACAAAAGUCAGAAUGAGCAUCUACUGUUGAGACAGCCUUGAUGUCCCCCGUGAACUGCAACCCAGGCUGGCAGCUUCUUUUUUCAUGCAAGUCCCAAGAGGCAGCUGUGAGAGUCUCCCUUUUGGUGUCCAUUGUGAGUAAACAAAACACCAACUGGUUUGUGUCAAAGGUGUUAUGUCAUGCAGGCAAGAGGUUUUAUUUAUUCCGUAGGACUUGCUGAUUCGAGGCAGCAUCAGAAAUGGGCUUUGUGUCCUAAGCCCAAACAGGUCCCGUGAAUCCAAAUUCAUGAGUAAAGAGAGAAACAAAACCAGUUCCAAGAAAAGAGGCUUGGUUUCUCCAUCCGGGAUGCCUGACUGGAAGCUACUGAAUAAAGAGCACAAUUUCCAGUCAUUUCCUUCCCUUUUUUUUCCUUUCUGGUCACCAGAACAGCAAUUCCAGUAGAUGCGAUAGAGGUUUGUAAUUAUCUAUAACACUGGAGAGGGGAGAAAUUCAAGACCUCUGGUGAUUGUCAGGAAUUAGACUGGCAGUUGCUGUGCUGGUCCCUUGGGUGGCUAAUCAGUGGUGCUGGGCACAGGCUCCUGCUUUAGCUGCGACCCAGCUCUGGAUAGGGACCCAGCACAGGAAUGGAGCAUCUGGGGGACCCACAAGACAGCAUCUCCGGCCCCUCUGUCCGAUGUCAAUAUCAAACCCGAAGCCCCCCUUCUAAAGCAGGCUGAGGUUGCAGUCGUCCAUACAGCAAAUCCUGCUGUGCUUCCCUGGGAAGACUAGAUUGACCCAGGAAAGGACUCUGCGAGCUCCUGGUGCAAGUUCAGGAAAGAGGUUGUAGCUGCAGAGCUUGUCUUCUGACUUCCCCCAAGGAAAAUCAAGGAGUAUCAAGUUCUUCUCUGAGAAUAAGAUUUUAGGGGUCCUUAGGUGGCUUGUUAGUGGAAGUUGAUUCUUUCCUAGUUCUGAAUGCAGAAGAAGCCAUUUCUCUGAGGUCUAACCAAAGACAGUGACCUUGGAGGGAGCUGAGACCCAGAGGUCUGGUCAGGCAGAGUGUUGGCACGCUGUCCGCUCUUGAGAGGCAUGGGACGGGAAGGUCCCUGUGGACACAGAGGUCACUGGACCAAAGGUAUGAGUGGUUUCUCAAAGCACAGUAGUAAAUGCCUGGGAUCCUAGCCACCAAAGUGUGGGUGUAAAUAGAAGCACAGAUUAGGACUAUGGCGACCAGCAUGGUCAGAGCUUGGCAGCUCUCAUAUCCAGAACGGGCCACGAAGACUGAAAUCACGGAUCACAAUCUUCCCAUUUACCUCAUUCAUGUUCCUUUUUUAAAAAUUUUAAUUCCAUAUUCAUUGAUGAUGUCGCUAUUAAGUGAUGAAAGUCAGCAGACUGAUGAGUCAAAAAUCUUUAUAUAAAGUGUAAAUAUUAAUAUAAAUGACCUUGGCAUGCGACUUAUGGAUCAAAAGAAGUAUAUAUUAUUAAUAUGUUAUCUUAGUGUAUAAAGGAAAACUGACUGCCAUAUUUACCAGAGGUUUUCUCUAACCAAACUUGUGUGUAAAUAUAUAACCUGUAUAAAAAAAAGAGUCUAAUUUACCAUUAUUUAUGCAAUAGAAAAAAUAAAAGUUUUUUCUUUUCUUUUGA